AUGAGCAUACAUUUCUUGAUCGCGCUCAAUCGACAGGGAAAGCUGCGCAUUUCCAAAUGGUACACCAGUGUUCCCGAUAAGCAGAAAAAACAGACUAUACUAAAGGUGCAUAGGCUGAUUUCUUCGCGAGAUCAUCAGAAACAAUCAAAUUUCGUGAAUUUCGAAAAUCAAAAGCUUGUGUACAGACGAUAUAAUGGUUUAUUUUUCGUGAUGGCAGUUGACGUGCAGGACAAUGAGCUGAGCUAUCUGGAAAUGGUCCAUUUGAUGGUGGAAGUGCUGGAUAGCUACUUCAAUAACGUGUGCGAGCUAGACAUCAUCUUCAACUUCUACAAGGUAUACCAGGUGCUGGACGAGAUGUUUUUAAGUGGAGAAUUUCAAGAAACGAGCAAACAGGUUGUGCUGGACAGGCUGCACUACCUCGAUAAUUUGGAGUAG